AUGGUGGGAAGCAAUAAGGGUGCAAACAUGUAUUUUAUUGUAGCUGCUUUCAGUUUGACCCCAAGAUCAUGCACUGGUCUGACAGUAUGCAGAGGGAGUGAGAUUCAAAUGAGGCUGCAGUUUCAAUAUUGUCCUAGUGAACAUCAAGAGGAGGUUUUGAAGAGACUUGGUUUAGGGAAAGAGUUGCAGGAAUUAAGGAACAGAUUUCACAGUAUUUGUUGCCGUAUGUGCGGAUCCUUUGUGCUGUCUCCUGACAGGUAGGUUACAUUCAUGUGAAGUUAUAAAGUUGACAAGUUGUCAGCUUCUACAUUCACAAGAUUUAGAUCAGUUUUUACUGGCUUGGAAGCAGUGUAAAGUUGCUUUACAUAGGAGAAUCACUCAUUUUCAGUACCGGCAGGCCAUCUGAUAGAGUGCUAUAAAAAAUCAGAAAUUGUGUGAUAUUUCCAGGGUAGAUUGUGCGAUAAGAUAGGACUAUUAUGCGGUAAAUUAUGUGAUUUUUUCAGGGUUAAUUUACAUUGUUUUACCAGGUUUCAAAGGAACCACUUUAAAAAAUCACUUUAAUGUUGUUUAACAGGCAAUCUGAAUGUAAAGGAAUAAUAAAACAUCCAUUUUAAAACAAAACAGUUAAAUUUGUCCGAUUAUUUUGACACGGAAAAGAAAAAGGGCACUUGUUUAAUAUUACAUGAUUCCUUUACACGGCUGACCACUCUGCUUGUCUCUAACAUCAAAAUGGCUGCCGUGAUACCGUGAUCGAAGGUUUCAGAUGUCUUGCAAGGCUUUGUUUAGUGGUAAAUCACUUAAAUAACCUUAAGAUUAGGAAAAUGUUUCAUUAAAGUUAGAAUUUAUUGUUUACUUUACUUGAAUUUAGCAUAUUUUUACGAAUUAUGCGAUUUUCCCCAAAUUGUGUGAUCAGAUGUGAUUUGAGGUCAAUUGUGUGAAAUCGCACCAUCGCGUAAUAUCAGAUGGCCUGGUAAAUCCUCUAUUAAGCCCCCCUCCCUCUAAUAAGCCCCCCUUUUCAGGGAAGAAAAUUAAUAAGCCCCCCUCUCUAUUUCCCCCCCCCCCCUCCCAUCCGCUAAUUACUCUUCACUAAUAAAUGAUAGACUGUAUUAAUCAAUCACGACUGUAAAACUUUGUGUGGACUGAUCUGGGAUGGUUUAUUUACCAACUGGAAGUUUGGAUUUGACCUUGAUCCUCGGCUGCAUGACCUAAAACGUCUUGUACUUGAGCUUUUUCACUUCGUAUUCUAGUUCUUUAUGGAGAACUGAUACCAUCAUCUUUUCUAAAUUAAAUAAGCCGCCCAUCUCUAUUAAGCUCCUCCUUAAAUGGGCUUGAAAUAAAUAAGCCCUCCGGGGGGCUUAAUAGAGGAUUUUCAGUAUUGUUGUGAGUAAUUACAUGUACAGUAGCUCUGGUUACAACCAGGGUUAUUAAUUAUCCUGAACUGUGGCUCUUCAAUGGAAAUCUCUUGUAGGUGACCACUCCUGUAACCUCAAAGUUGAAUGAUAUUUUUUUUCAUUGAAGCAAGUAAAUAACAAAGCAAUAAUUAGCAUUUUUGCUCCUGGUACUCUGGCUAAAGUUAAAAAAUUCACAGGAAAUUUCUGAUCAGCCUCCUUUUUGUAAAAUCCUAAGAUUUCAAUAGUACCAUAUAAAAGCCCUGCUAUAAAAGAGGUUUCAUUUUAAAUUGUAGCAUCAUAGGAUUUUGUACAGUUCAAAAGUAGCAUGAGUGUCAAAAAUCAUUUAACUUGUCCACCUGACCACAACUUGGUCUGGUAGUGAUAAUAACUGCUGACAAACAUUAGACACUAAUAAACAAUGAUUAUUAUUAUUUUUAUUUGUUUAAAACUAGUUUUGUAAAUGUCACAUUAAUACAGCAACCGUCUUCUGCAAACCUCAUUAACAACGCUAUUCUUGUUAUUUGGUCAGCACCGUUUUGCAGUGUCAUGGUUUUAUUAAAUAAUUGAGUUUAAUAAUGAUCGUGAACUAGAACAGUCUUAACAUAAACAUUGUUAUGGGGUCCUUUUCUUCUUUGGACGAGGUUUAUUUUAAUCCUCUUUCUUUGGAAAUGUUUUUAAUACACCCAUUAUUUCUUCAAGAAAGUUCAAAAGAGUUCUGGAAUUACCAUCAGAAAAUUGGCUGGAGCUUGCUCAAGACUGGUGUUGCCAUGGUAGCAGUCAUCUGACAUCUGCGACAGGAGUGCUUGAACCAAGUGAAGAUGACUGCUUUGUAGGUGCAUACUACAUCAAGGUCCAUCCUGCAACUGCAGUGGCAAACAAUUUAAGGAUUUGUUCUGUAUGUUGAGAAUUAUUGUAUUUGCUUAAAGAGGGUGCAUGCAAUGUGAAUGUCUAAACACCUGGUAACAGUGGAACCUUGAUAUAAUGAAGGCUGCCAAAGGAAUGGCGGAAUACGUUUGCUAUAACAAGUUUUUGUUAUACCAAGAUCCUUUUCCAUAAAUUCUAGUCUUAUUGUGGUGAAGAAUAUUCAAGAAUAAUUAUUCCACAAGUGCAUGUCGGAUAUGAGAUGGUAGAUAGCCAAUGAGGCACGUAGUGCCGGGUUGGCUAUAAUCAUCUCAUAUCCAACAAGCGCGAGUGGAAUAAUUAUUGUUUUAUUAAAAACACCCACAAAAUAUCAAGAAUUAUUCCCGAAUUUAUUUGUAAAAACAACUGAUGUUCAGCUUGUUUUAAAUUUUUGAGCAGAUGCACACAGUUACCUUAUUUUGAGAGCAUGGUAUAAUGGCUCAUAUACCAUGAUGGCUAAGCCAGUCAGAGCUCUAGAAUUGUAUUAUCCAAUGAUUUAGUUUUUGAUAACAUUUUUUAUACCAAGGAAUUCAUUUUUGCCCCAUGUAAGGAAAUCCGGGAAAUUUUUGCUUGUGGUACCUGGAAUCCUGGGCUUUGGAAUCCAGAAAACAGCUCAAGGAAAGCGGAACCCCACUAACAAUUUGAAUCUGGAAUCUAAGUUCAACGGACAAAGAGUAAGAAAUCCAGGGGUCAAUCAAAUAAAACUAUUAAUAUUAUUAAAACUAUUAAGUCUCAUUUAGAAGUGUAACUGUUGUUUUUACAGACUAAAAACAUGGACGUCACUUAUAAAAGUUUCAUUUAAUUGGCUUCAGUAAACGACACUUGCUCUUCAUCGAAGUUUCUUAGAAAAAAUUAGUUUAUUUUGAUAUCGUUGUUCUUGUCCUUCAUUUUUUUUGGUGUCAGGGGGUGGACUCUUAUUCAAGGCUGGGUGCUUACUGUAUUUACCUUUCCUGCCUAUAGUGUGGGUGGUUAUUCAAGAUGAGCGCUCAUUAGAGGUUGGCGCUUGGGCGAAUAAAUACGAUAUUCUUUAUUUAGUAACUUGCAUUUUGUUUCCUGAGGUAUUUUACUUAUUUAUCAGUCGUUCAACAAUUAUGUUAAGUAAUAUAAAAAUUGGUUUAUACGAUGAAAAUUUGAAUAAAAUGCAUUGUCUUGUACUGCACAGGGAGAGGAUGAGGAUGAGAUCAAAUGUUGUAGAUGUAAUUCUUCAAUAGGAAUAGUCAUCAGAGAGGAUUCCAAUCUUCAUUCACUUGACUUAAAAGAUGUGUCAAGCUUAUAUCUCCAUAAACACAGGAUCAGCUUGAGACACAGUGACUUGUUUAGGUAAAGUUUGUUUCUUAAACUAGUUCUCUUUUGAAUUUUUUGUCGCUUCGUGAUGUUUAUUGGUGUUUGUUUUUUUUUUUACUUUAGAUCCUAUCGCACUGAAACAUUUAUUUCUAGUUGUUUAAUUUCCAAGUCCAAAGGUGCGGUGAACUUCAGGUUUCUUGUUCAAGAAUCCUUGCGCAGUGGAGAGAAAAUAACGCAUGCAUGUGUAAGUCAUUGUUUGGGUUACUGGUGAAAAAACUCUUCGAUUUUGCAUCCAUAAUUCCUCCAUCAAAUUCAUUUUGUUCGAGAACAUCAAAUACCUCGAGGUUUUGUUGUAUUUUAACUUCAUUCUCCUAGGUGUUUUAUGUAGCCUGCGAAAACAGACGACAUUUCGCGACGCCACCACUGGUUUCCCCGUGAAAUGACGUCUGAGAAACGAGUGCAGAAAUUCCAUACUGAUGACGUGUUACUGCCCAGAUCUUGGUAGUGCUUCUGAUUGGUUUGAUGCAAAUCUCCCACGCGGCACAACCAAUCACAAGUACUAACCAGAUCUAGGUUGUGACACGUCAUCAGUAUGGAAUUUCUGCGCUUGUGCCUCAGACGUCAUUUCGGUGGAAAACCAGUGCGUCGGCUGUUUUCUCAGGCCUGUGUAUUAGGGCGAGACACUGUCGUGUUUGAUGUAAUAUAUCAAGAAUGAGACGUAGUGUUUCAUCACCAGAUGAAAUACUGAGAAGAGAGUUGAAAAUACGACACGCAGCAGUGUAUUUUGGACGAACUUCGAGGUGUUUCAUCUGGUGAUGAAACAUGCGUCUCAUGGUUGAUAUUACUUCUCAAAAAAAAUAAUUUUAGAGGGAGGAUGCAAAAAUGAGCAGUUUUUCAUCUGAUUUCCAAACACUCAUUAAACAUUAAUUUCCUUUGUAUUAUCCUUAUGAAUUAUUGAUGAGUUUGAGAAAUUUGGUUCCAAUUUGUGAAUUUACCGAGGCACCUCUAUCAUCCGGACCAAGUUUCUUGGUGUAAAUAACUGUGGAAAUGGCGGUUCGGCCAAAACAGGCAAAUCAAAGGAAGUAAAAGCGGUGCCCUUACUAAGUACCUUGUGUUGAAGAAAAGUCAGUAGUAAGCUUUUUUUUCACUCUUGCCUUAAUUUUGCCACCAUUGUCGUUUACCACGUGGAUGACUUUCUUCUGGUCAAAUUAAUCAAUUGUACUAAAAAUUUAGUUUUAAUUUUAUUUCAGCUUUGGCUUUUUAAUGCAGACACCGCGGUGGUAACCAAUAUAGAACCUUGUGCGGACUUCCAUUGCGAAAAAAGACCCAGUGAAGGUGGAGCAUACUCGAUCACAAAUAAAGGUAGGAAUUGUUGAUUAAACCUGUACAUGUAUCGAUCCGCAGUAAAGUUUAUAGAGUCAAAGACUUUAAGCCAGUUGGUUCAGUACUUAUAUUGCCUAGAGAGAAUUAAAAAGACAAAUUAUUUGCAUUACAAGAAGUUCGCACCGUUGAAACGGGUACACUUCUGCAAAUCUCUGGUCCGCUUAUGCCUGUUUCUACUCUUCACAGUUCCCCCAGGCGUAUUUCGUUCGUUGUUCCAAUUUUGCAUAUCUCUCUUGUGAAUUGCUGAUUGUUGUAAUAUAUUGUAUUUCUGAGUUUAUUCCCUGGUUGUGAUUGGCUAAAACAUUCGCGCCAUUUUCCGCCGGUUUUGAAGUUGAGGUUAGUUUCCUGUUUUCGUAUGUUUUAUCUCCUUUAUAAUCAAGACAAGUGCAGUUAUUCCAGUUUUCUGAUUUAUAUUCCUGACCUAAGGAUUUCCGAAGUAAUAGUAGAUUGUGCUAUAAUCAUUUCAUGUAAUACCAUAUUUUGUCAUUCUCCUAGCAAAAUACAUGCGCGUAGUGAAGAUUCUCUACAAGGCAAGAACACUAGCUGAUAAGAGCAGUUGGUACGUAUAUUUAUUUCAUACAUGCACAUUGAAAUAUAUUCACGGUAGAGUUAAGUUGUAAACUUUCACAUGCAAAUUUAUUUAACCAAUCAGAUGCGCGAACGAUGUUUUUUUCUUCACUUGAAGUGCGUUUAAAUAGUUCGUCAAAAUGCACAAGUUUGCGUCAAGUUUCCCGCGAACUUUGAAAUUCUUUAUCACGAGCACGUUCGUACAAUGAAAACCAACCUGUUUGUGUACUGUAGGGGUUAAUGUGGAGCUUAAGCAACCGCCACCACGACGGCAACGACAACGUCAAAUUAAACAAUUGGUUUUAUGAGCAAAACAGCAUCUCUGCAUCUAAAUCACGCUGUCAAGUAUACGUGUAUUUCCUUGACGUCCACUGAACGGCUACAACGUGGAACUUCCUUAUGCAACGUUUUAUAGAGGACGUGAACGCACGAAAACCUUUCCUGUUUAACUGGAUACAGUCUUUAAGAAUUGACAAGUAGAGCGGGUCUAAAUAGUGGCGAUUAAGUUUGAAAGAACACAGAUUCAUUUUUUUAGCGGCGUUUUCACUGCUGUCGUCGUGGCUGCUUAAAGGUGAUAUUAAACGAGACGAUUCGCAACGACAAUUUUUCCGCAACACAGCGUUGCAACAUUGCUGCGACAUUGUUUUCGAAUUGUGAUCAUUGUCUGCGGUACUACAAAAAAGUAAUAUUUUUGUUAAACUUGGUCGUUAGCACAACGUUGUCUUUUCUUUACUCGAACAGAGACGAGAUUCAAGGUUACUCGAUGUAUACAUACAUCUAUAAAUGUACAUACUUUUGCAAUCCCUUCACGCAGUUUUUGUAGACCAAACCGGAAUCUUUUUGUCCGGCCUAUAUACCGUAUUUAUUCGAAUAAGCGCCCAACCUUGAAUUAGCGCCCACCUCGAAUAAGCGCCCAUCCUAAAGGCAGAAAAAGUUAAUAAGCGCCCAGCCUCGAAUAAACGCCAACCCCUCCUCCUCCCAAUGAAACUCAAAUAAGCACCCGCCCCCACCCCACCCACUUGAGUGAAUAAAUUCUAAUCAGAGACUUCCCCGAGGACGGGGGUUUCUUCAGAGUAUUUUACAAAAACCUUGCUUUGAUACUUCUUCGCGUUUUCUUCACAAAAUACUCCAUUAAAUAAUUAAUAUUCAAAUAAUUAUCUUCAUUACCUAGAACAUUAAGGAAUAGUGAUUAAAUUUUUUUUACGAAAAUUAGAUAUGUUGAGAGUCAGCUUGUCGGACUCUCAACUUAUUGCCAGUCUAAACCUAUUGCUUUUUUGUCGCUUUCGUUUCCGUCGCCGGAAUUGGAGCUCGAGGUUAUUAGUCUGAUGAGAAGUUGUUGUAGAAGAAAGACUGUGUAUCCCAAACGAACAUCUGGCCGUUGAUUUUUAUUUCCUUUAAUAUUCUGCAGGAAAGAUGAAGUAGCUGCUUGGGAAGAAAAUCCCUCUGUCGAAGUUCUUACGUUCGCAAAAGAGAUUUGUUUCCAUCUUAUUCUGCUUCUAUCACAGAGUACGAACACUAUAGCGCCUUCUUUGAGAGAAAUGAACGGGUUUAAGGUACGUAAAAGAAAAUGUAUUUGA